AUGGAGACGGUGUACCCGGCUGCGGCGUCGGCGCUGGCGCGUGGACGGCGUCGGCGACAAGCAACGCCGCGCUCGCGACACCGCACCGCGCCCGUCACCUUCGCCGAGAUAAAGGAGGUGGACGAAGAGCAAGACGUGGUUGAGGAGGCAGAUAUAAGCGUAUUGAGCGAACGACGGCGGAAGCCAGACGAGCUAUUUGAGCUGUCCCGAGAGUUCGCAGAGUUUCGUCGACGCAGAGCGCGACGCACCGCGUUGCGAGAGCCUGAUGAGAUUGUUGAAGGUCCCUCACCCAGCGAUGGACCGUCUACUUCUAACGCUUCAUCAUUGUCUGAAACUCCCUCAGUAGACAUAGUCGAUAUACCGCAUGAAGUACCAGUAGUAUCCAAGCCCCAUGGGCAGCUUACCCGAUCAUCAAGUGAACCUACUUAA